GCACAAAUCGUUUAAACGUAUUGUUAAUAUUAUUUAAUAUCGAAAGAAUGAUGUGAAAAGGUGUAAAAGUAUCAUGUAAUUAUAAUUAUAUCAUGUACCUACUGCAAUUUCUGGUGGGUACCUAUCUAUUUACAGAUGCGGCACUUUUCGCCCCCGACCCCGCCCCUCAUGAGAUCUUAUGUGAACCGUAUGUAGUCACAUACACAGAUAUAUAUUACAGACUGAAAGUAUCUUUUCGUCCGGUAAAUUUUCCGACUAAGGGCUUAGAUAGUGUAUUAGUCGUGUACUCUAAAGGUAAAAAUGGAGAGAUAAUUAAGAAAUAUGAAAUAAAAAAAUCUGAAGAUCCCGAUAAAGUUAUCAAUAUUGAACAAGUUGUCGGAAGUGGUUGGGACAAUUGUUAUAUCGGAUAUUGUGUAUACAGCGAGGCGAAAAUGAAUUGCAACCUUUACGCAGACGAUUUAAGGGAUAUUAUCAAGCUAGAAUACUCCAAGACGAAAUUACAUACUCGUAGUGACUGCACGGCGGAGCAUCAAUGUAUAAUUAAUCUAGAUCGGAAUAAACACUGCCUAACCCACCGAGGUGACGAGCCAUCAGGUUUACCAGGACGCAACUCCUCGCCAAUCCAGCUGCCGACCACGAAUCUGCCAUUUAAUGUGAUCCCAUCAAACCCACCCAUCACACACCAAGACUCAGACGGCAUAAACUAUGAAACUUCAACACCGGGGCAAGAUAAUCCCAACCCAACGCCGAAGCCAGUAGAACUAGACACUCCACAAGGAGAUAAAGCCUUCCCAGGUCAUGGUCUGAUAUGGGGUAUGGCGCUGGGCGGAGCAGCGUUACUGUCGAUAUUAGCCGUUGUCUGGAGACGACGCAAGGGGGCGCUGGUGGAGACAGAAGAAAACAAUUAUGCGACGGCUGCAGAACUGACAUACGCAGUGUUGGACUUACGCGAAAGUGGCGCCACCACGGGCAACACAAACACGACGCCUUAUGCUGAAAUCGUUGGCGUCUAUAACCCUAAUAAAAGAAACUAAAUUUA